AGAAACUACACCACCGUGCCCUGAACACCUGUAUGUGCAUGUGUUCAUUAAAGUGCUAGUAUUCAUUGUAGCUCUGCCUGGUGAUGAUAACCUGCACGAAUUCGUACGUAUUUACCGGUUUUCCGUGUGCGGUGUGUGGCGUUUCUCAUUAUUGACGAUGUGUGGAUUUCUGCAUAUUUUUUCUUAACAUUGUAAUGGGUGGUGGAUGGGAGUUGCUGCAUCAGAUGCUCCCAGCGAGAUGUGUAUUGUUACAGCGUCCAGCUCUCGCCCUGGAUGUUCUGCGAUGGGUGAUCCAUGGAAAUCGAGUUUUGGGUUUCAUCCUUAGGGAAACGCGGGAAAGUGAGGAGAUGGUUGAGAAACUUGUACCAGGAGUUCAAAUUACGCGAAGUAGUAAUGCGCACUUGAAGUAUCUGAGCCUUCUUUUGCUGACUGGACAGAAUGCGCUGGAAGGUAUCAUGGUGCGGUAUUCCCGUGUUCGAACGAACGACUUGUACAUAACGUCUACUGCGACAUUGAUGGUUGAAGUUGCGAAGCUGUUUGCCAGUAUGAUGUUAUUGGCUCACGAAGAGGGUGGGCUUGGCCCUGCCUUGAGGGUUGUUACUGAAGUUGUUCAAAACAGUCCAGUUGAAACCCUCAAAGUGGCUUUGAUCUCACUGGUGUACGUCAUUCAGAAUAACUUUCUAUUCGUUGCAGCGUCAAACUUGGAUGUAGCAACAUUUCAAGUCACAUACCAAAUGAAAAUUCUCACCACCGCAUUGUUCUUCGUGUUCAUCCUGCAAACUAGGUUAAUACGUACGCAAUGGCUUGCGCUAUUCACCUUAACCGCCGGCAUCGCGUUGGUGCAAUUGGCCAAUAUUGGCAGCUCUUCUGCAAACCAGAAAUCUGAUGAAUCGGCGAUUGUUGGUCUUAGUGCUGUGAUUUUUGCCUGUUGUCUUUCAGGGUUUGCAGGUGUAUACUUUGAAAAAAUAUUAAAGUCAUCCGUAUCCAGCGUAUGGUUGAGAAAUGUUCAGUUGAGUUUUCUGUCCAUACCACUGGCUUUAGCUAUCAGUGCUGUAUAUGAUGCCGAUGUUAUCAUAGAGAAGAGCUUUUUCUUUGGCUAUGAUUAUUACGUUAUGCUUGUGAUUGUUGUCAAGGCAAGUGGUGGACUGAUCGUGGCAUUAGUUGUUAAGUACGCUGAUAACAUUCUGAAGGGAUUUUCCACAUCAAUAGCCAUUAUAAUAGGCUGUAUUGCAAACGUAAUGUUUUUUGGUGUGUCCCUCAGUUUUCAGUUUCUCCUUGGAACUGCCUUGGUGAUUUUCUCCGUGUUUCUGUAUGGUUAUAAACCUCCGGUUGUUAUAAGUGAAAAUCGCAAAACGGACGAGUCAGCGUAAGAAUUGUGACAAAUCAGGAAGGGAGCUCGUCCCUCGUGAGUCGUGAUUCAAUUUUCUUGGUGACGAAAUACGCCAGUAAUUCUUGCAAUCCUUCCAUUGACGAUGACAAUUUUUGCGGAAUUGUACUUUUGGUGUAGGUGCUUUCGAGAUUGGCCGGUAGCCUGGUCUUUUUUGUUGAAAUUUUUUAUUCAAUUGCUGCCAUGAAACGGUUAUGUGUUAUUGACGGAACCACCACUGAGCCUUCCGCGCACUGAGGUUUUUUUAAAGUCAAGUUGGAACUUGCUGCGUUCACACGACCGAAGAUCUCUCAAAAUUUUUCCUAUGAAACAUUUUUGAGAUUUGCGCGGUAAUGGGACCAACAAUCACCCCUAUCCAGUAUUUUGAACGUUUGUGUGGCUUUUGGUGUUUUCUAUGGAGCACGGAAAAGGUUGUGAUACUUGAUAAACAUUUUGCUGGUGUGAUUCUGCA